GCGGGCUGUCAUCAGCACGUGGUGCACGGGCUGUUUGAUUAUACUGUGACAGAAUUGUUGUACAUCAUUAUCAGAGAGCACAACUUUGAACAGUAUACAUUCAGCUGAUUCUUCCCUUUCUUGCUUUACACGGGCAAAUUUACCAUCCUUCAGAAGCUGUCAGCUUGUUGCCGCUCAAAUCACUGGUGCAUAACCUUUCAUUAGGCUACCCUGCAGACGAAACGAACUGAAGGCGAAGGGGCGCUUCCUUCUAAAUGUUCAGUUUGUCGUCACAAGACCGUGUUAUUGUGAUGCCUACGAACCGUAUCAUCACACUGUUAGGAAGAAAGCAUCCUAUUUAUAUUUGUAAAGGUACAAGGAAGUGCUAGUCUUGGGUCGACGUCUGUGGUUGUCAAUUUCAUGUCGCCGUGUCAGUGUGUGUAGUACUGGUCGAUGUCCUUCAAGUUACAGCGGAUCUCUACCAGUCUGUGAAUAACCUCGUACAGUAACCUACUGACCUACUACACGUCAGUGUUGUGGGCAUUUACGUAUCGUGAUCUCAGAACAAAGUUCUUACCUUACCUCGCUUUCGGAGAACAUGGCGAACUUCGACGAUAUUUUACGACAUCUUGGGGAGUUCGGCAGGUACCAGAAAUGGGUGUACUUCCUGUUGUGCCUCCCAGCUAUUCCCCAUGGGGUCCGGAUGAUGAUCAAUGUUUACCUUCUCAAUGUCCCCGACCACAGAUGCGCGAUCCCCGGCUACAACAACGACACGUACGCUGUGCAGUCAAAGUACCACGCCGAGCUCAUCAACAAGACCAUUCCCUUUGUGGAACGUGACGGGAAGCUCCAGUAUGACCAGUGUCACUUGUACUUCUCCAGCCCAGGAUCCUCCAACAGGACCAUCAUAGGGUGCAACAGAUGGGUGUACGACAAGUCCGUGUUCCAGUCAACCGCUGCCACAGAGCUAAACAUGGUCUGCAACAGUUCCAUGCAGUCCUCCAACGCACAGAUGAUCUUCAUGGGGGGAUAUUUUGCGGGAGCAUUUAUAUUCGGUGCCCUGGGAGACAGGUUCGGGCGACGGAAAGCGCUGUUCCUUUCUAUUGCGAUCCUAUUUGCUGGUGGUCUUGCUCUGAACUGGGCUAACAGCUACGCCCUCUUUGUUGUAUUCCGCUUCAUCAACGGCGCCAGUACUGCGGGGAUGUACACCAUUUGCUUCGUGAUUGGCAUGGAAUUUGUUGGUCCUUCUAAACGGGCGUUGGCCGGCAUCAUCAUCCUAUUCUUCUUCACCAGUGGCUAUGCCCUGUUAACGGGAGUGGCCUUCUUCAUCCGAGACUGGCACACUCUGGAGCUGGUCAUGGCGACACCUGUGGCAGUCUUCCUGAUAUACUGGUGGAUAAUCCCUGAGUCACCAAGAUGGCUGCUCAACGUCUUCCGGUUGGAGGAAGCGGAAAUGAUUAUACGUCACGCUGCACGUGUCAACAAGGUCACAAUACCUGACAGUGCUCUGCAGUUUGAAAAGGAAGACAUGGAUGCCAAACUGAAAAUGCCCAAAACCAACAUCUUGCAGUUAUUCACACACAGGACGUUAUUCUUCAGAACAGUCGUACUGUUUUACUCCUGGAUGACAGUGAGUCUUGCCUACUUCGGUCUGUCGUCCAACACGGACAACCUUGGUGCCGGCAGCCUGCACCUCAACUCGAUGUUGGCCUGUCUGGUGGAGUACCCAGCCAACCUCCUCUGUCUGCUGCUCAUGAACAGAAUCGGGAGGAAAGCACUACUGUGUGCCUUCAUGACGCUAGGGGGCGCUGCCUGUAUACUUUCAGUCAUCACUAUUUUAUAUGUGGACGAUGCCAACCAGUGGAGCACAGUCACACUGUCAAUGAUUGGGAAGAUGUGUGUCGCGGGCGGAUUCGGUGUGGUGUUUGUGUACUCAACAGAGAUCUUCCCGACUGUUGUACGGAGUUCAGCACUAGGCCUCAGCUCGUCUUUUGCCAGGAUAGGCGGCAUGUUGGCCCCUUACUUCAUAGACCUGGGUAAAGAGGUGGAGGGGAAGUGGGGGCGGGCGUUACCUCUUCUUAUGUUCGGAGUUCUGUCUGUUAUGGCGGGUCUUCUCGAUCUUACUCUACCAGAAACUCUCAACAGAGAUCUGCCAGAGACUAUAGAAGAUGCCAGGAACUUCAGCAGGAAAAGCCCUUAUUCCCGCCUGAAGAACGCUGAUCCAGAAGGGACAGAAGCAUCACCCAGCGUCAACCAGCCCCUGCUCUCAAGCUAAGGAUGGUUCUUCAUGGACUGACAUCUAAUAAUAAUAGGUCACACAUGAUCUAUGUAGUCAUAGACACUUGUACAUAUCAUCACCAACUGCACAGCUGACGUGCUGUACAUAAACAUAUAUCAUGUAGCACUACAAUCUCUAACAUCCAAUGUGUGGCUGUGAUUGAGUGGGCGGUGGGGUAGCCUAAUGGUUAAAGCGUUGGCUCGUCACGCC